GCGUGUAGAUCCCCGGGCGGUCGUCGAUCAUGCCGCCGGGGCGGUUAAAUCUACUCAAGGGGGAUUUGCUUCCGAGCUCAACUCAGCAUGCUGACGUAGCUCCGAUCCGCCCUCGCAGCGCGGAACUCACUUAUGGCCCCUCUCUGACCAACCUCCAACACGUUCUCGACGUCGACGUUGCCCGCACGGCUGGCGGAGCCUCGCCCUCACAGGGUCGGAUUUGAUUAUAUACGCACGGCCUCGUGAGGCUUGAAGCUCCAUUACUCUACUCUUAGCUACCAUGGAUCGCCUCCUCGAGCUCCAACGCCACCUUCCCAGCGUUCAGCUUCCCAACUCCUUCACAGCCACUCCCACACAAGGCGCCAUCGCGGGCGGCGCCCUUGUCAUCGCGCUCGUUGGUCUCGGCAAAGCCUUCGCUCCUCAAAGAUACCCACUCCCACUCCCGCCAGGUCCACCAAAGAAGUGGUUCUUUGAGCCACCGUUUGCGUCUGGGAGAGUCUCACACCACCUGGCUCAGUUGACAGAGGAGUAUGGCGAAAUCUUCACGAUUCAACAGGGAAGCAAUGUAUUUGUAGUCGUCGGGAGGAUGGAGGCAGCCUACGAGAUUCUAGAGAGACAAGGCGGCUCCACGAUCGACCGCCCGCGCAGCGUCGUCGCUGGUGAGCUCAUGUCCAACGGCAACCGCAUCAUUCUCGAGAGCGGUGGCGACCGCUUCCGACGUCUGCGCCGCGCUGCGCACACGCACCUCCAGCCGAAAGCCGCCGCGACGUACGAGCCCAUCCAGCUCGCUACCGCACGCGAGGUCAUCCUCAACAUUACACGCAAACCUGAGGAGUUCAUGAACCACAUCCGGCUGUACGCUGCGUCGGUCAUUCUACGCGUCACGUACGGCAAGCAGACUCCUACGAGCGCGGAGUCGGACGAGUUCCUCCGCAUCCAGCACGUCACGCGCAAUUUCCAGGCAGCGGUGACGCCCGGCAAGUGGCUCGUCGAGCUCAUGCCGUUCCUCAAGGUGUUCCAUCGGGAGGGAGGAUUGAAGAACGUUUGCGAUACGCUUGACGCGUGGGGUCUUUCUGCGGUUGGUAGGGUGCUGGGUGCAUUUGGGGCCGACCACCAUAAAUGGCGACUGUACGAGCGAGAUUUGUUGCAGGGUCAAGUCGCUCGUGUACGGGAAGAGAUGAAAGAGGGUACAGCUGGCCCGUCGUUCACGCGAUAUCUGGUUGAGAACAAGGAAGAGCUCGGGAUGACGGAAGAGGAGAUCUUUUAUCUCGCUGGUGCUUUGUUUGGCGCAGGAAGUGAUACAACCGCGGUCGCUCUGCAGCAUGCGAUGAUGGCGGCGGCGUGCUACCCUGAAGAGGUUGCCAGGGUUCAGGCCGAGUUGGAUGCCGUCGUAGGGAGCGAUAGGGCGCCCAGUUUCGACGACGAAGAUCGUCUACCGUUGCUACAAGCUUACAUCUUGGAGAUCCUCCGAUGGAGACCUGUGACUCCCAUCGGCUUCGCUCACAGAGCGAACAAAGACGUCCUUUACAAGAACUAUUGCAUUCCCAAGGGCGCAAUCGUCCUUGGUACUCACUGGGCAAUCUCGCGCGACCCCAUCGCCUUCCCCAACGCCGACUCUUUCCUCCCCUCACGCUGGCUCGAUCAUUCGAGCGGAAAGCCCGCGCUCCGCCCCGACAUGCGCUUCUUCACGUACGGCUUCGGACGGCGUGUCUGCCCAGGCCAGCACGUCGCGAACCGGUCGCUGUUCAUCAACCUCGCGCUCAUGUUCUGGGCGUUCAACAUCUCUGCUCCGAAGGAGGGUGAAGGUAAGAAGCUGAACCCGGACGCGUGGACUGAUGCGAUCGCGAGCCACCCUGCACCUUUCCAGGUGCGGUUCAAUUUGAGGAUGGAGGAGGGGAAGAUGAGGAGGUGUUUGGAGGAGCUGGGUGGACAGGGUGUUGGAGAGGAAUGAGUACGAUUUAAAUGCAAUUCGAGUAUUAUAUCAUAGGCUGGUGCGCAACGUAUCGGCCUUUCAAAUUAGCAGAUUAACCUUGAAGC